AUGCUGAACUCCAAGCCGGUGGAACCCGAAACGCGCGAUCACUACUUCGGCCUAGGUUUGGAUGACUGGGCUACAACAACAGAGAUCAAGAAGGCCUUCAAACGACUGGCGCUACUGUACCAUCCGGACAAGAAGGCACCGGGUCAGACCAUAGAUGCUAUCGAGUUUAGACCGGUUCGAGAGGCAUUCGAGAUACUAGCGGAUCCUGAAGCACGAAGCGAAUACGAUGCACGAUACGCAGAUAUCCAGAUGAACUGGGAUAUGUAUCGCAGCGACUUUGCCGAUUACGAAGACCGAGUAGAACGCGAGCGCGUCGAAGCUGAAGAAAAACGGGCGCGUGUACAGAAGGAACAGCAGCGGCAGGCAGAGGAGGAACGACGUAAAGCAGAAGAAGAGGCUCGCGCAGAGGCUGAACGAACUAUUCGAGAAAAGAAAGAGAAACUCGCAGAACUGCGAUCGUAUCAAGCAGCCGCGCGAGCUGAGGGAGAGCGAGCCGAAGCGGCGGAAGAGCGACUACAGAAAUGGAAAGAAAAGCAGGAAGCUAUACAAAAGCAGCGUCGUGAACAGCGCCAACAAGAAGCGGAAGCACGAGAAGCUAUAUUCAGAGAGCAGCAUCGUCUGGAGCAAGAGCGAAAGGCUCAACAGUAUCUUGCUGCACUAGAAGCACAACAGAAGCUCGCAGAGCAGAAGGUGCGCCAGGAAGAAGAGCUCAUGGUACGAAAGUACAUGCAGCAAUUCUUCUCUGAGACCCCCGACGCAGAGAAUCAGCGCAUACAGCGCCGCGUCCACUUGGCACACAUAUGGGCACGCCAACUCCGCACAGAUGCAAAGACUGCUGCGGGUGCAGUACCUGAUGCCAAAUCCGAGUACGUGGACUUAGGCUGGCAUAAGAUCGAUGGCACGGCAACUUGCACCUUCUGCGUGAAGGAUGUGAGGCUGUAUUUCUUCGCUUGUCCCCUCGGAGGCGUGGCAGCGUGUGGUGAUUGCAAAUACAAGUUUGCGCACGGGUAUGAGACGGCGAGUGGAGAGAUUAUCGGAAAUCGGAAGGGGGAAGAAAGGAAGGCUGGGAAGGUUGGUAGAAGGAAGGGCAAGGUAAAGGGAAAAGGCAAAGCGAAGAACUGA